AAAAAGACUGCGUCUGAUGCUAAAUCAAGGAGUUACGCGUACGAAAUCAUUUGAAGAAUGUUGCCGAUUGUGCCGAAAGAAGCAAAGUUUAUUCUAUUGAUAUUAAUGGUGGGCCAUAUUGUCGCAAAAUCUUGCAUUUUUAAAUCACCGUUGACGCUACAAUUGGUAUUAGAAUACGCGAAAUGGCGAUCUUGGGAUCAAGUGGUUUUUUUUGAUAAUAUUAGCCCUUUCAAUUGUGCCCUUAGUUAUGUCCGACCGUUGAUCGAGUGCUUUGGUGAUAAGGGCAUCAGCGUGUCCAUACAAUCAGCAACAAACCCAAAUAUACCGGAUGCUCUUACGAUUCCAACGCACCGCAUUGGUUCUAUCAUAUUCUUGGAUGGACUUAAUCUGACAUCACCUGAUAAUAUUAUUCAAAUGGCUUCUCAGAAAUUUCUAUUCAAUUAUUACAUAUCUUGGCUUAUGGUAACUACAAGAAAUACUGACUCCACUAUUGACACCGUUCUUCGAGACUUAAAUAUUGGUAUCGAUAGCGAUGUAGUUGUAGCUACUUCGCCACUAUUAAAUGAUAAUGUCUCUUGGAAAUACGCACAGAAAUAUCGAGAUAAGAUAUGUCAAUCUUUCCAACAUUACGGCAAUCGUUCAGAAUUUACGGGACCACCAAAACGACGUAACAUCGAAAACGCCACGAUUAAUCUGAGUUACGCUACUUUAGAGAAUCGUUCAGUAUCAUUUUAUCUGAUGCACACUUACAAAAUACGUCACUCUGAUAAUACGAGUCUCAUUGUCCGAUAUCUCGGUUUUUGGAAUCCGGACUCUCACACCCUUAAACCGCCAAUGAGCGUGAAACUGAGAAGCGAUUUCAGGGGUCUUCCCAUUAUUUUUGGUGUUUUGAAUGGAACUAGUGAUGGGCAAACGGAUAUUGCCGAUGUAGAAGCCGCUAAUGAUAUCACGCCAUUUUUGGAUUUCGCUACUAUUGUCACCAACAGCGUGAACGCCAGUAUCGAAUUAAUACCGCAUGAAAAGCUUGGUACGUUAACUAACAAAGUAUGGAGCCAUCUUCUCGGCGACGUUGUCGCAGGUACCGUUGAUAUUGGUUUGGGAUACAUAACGUCAAAUGAUGAGGAACGUUGGACAGAAAUGACAUUUAGUCAUCCUCUGAUACGUUACAUGAGGAAUAUUUAUUACCGUCCAUUGGAGACUGGCACAAUGAGGGAUAUAUUUCUGCAACCCUUUGACAACCGAUUACUCAGCUGCGUGGCGGGAACAUAUUUUAUUAUGUUAAUUGCAAUGGCGACAGUGAUUUACGUCACAAAAACGAUUUUGCAUAAAGAACAAAGAUGUACUGGGAUCGGGGAAUCUGCUCUUUGGUGUUUGAGUAUUAUGUGCAUGCAAGGAUCACCUUGGAGUCCUCGAACUCCUUCUGGAAAGAUCUUGCUGUUAUUCAGUCUAAUAUUCUCUCUUGUAAUGUACAAUGCCUACGCCGGCUUUAUCACAUCGAUAUUAUCGGUGCAAGUCACUGGAAUCAAAUCGAUCACGGAUCUUCUUCUUAAUAACUUUAAACUAGGAUACAGUGCCGCCGACGAUACAUACAUAAGAAAUGAUAAUGACAGUAAUUUGCGUCAAUUGUAUAUAAAGGCGUUCAAUAGUCGCGAAUCUCGUUUGGAAACAAGAACCGGGCUUAUGAAAGCUGUCAAAGGACGGUACGGAUUCUUUGUCAGCGCGACUCUUGCACGACGAGCUCUCAAAACAACUUUUAUACAAGAGCGGUGCCUCUUAAAAGAGCUAAUACUUCCACAAACACUUACAGUUGUCGCUCUUCCUAUGGCCAAAAGUUGUCCGUACAGAAAGAUUAUCAACCUCAAUAUAUUACGUAUAUACGAACGCGGUGUCUUGGACAAAAUACAAGAACGGAUGCUACCAACGAUGCCGCGAUGCGCGGCAUCGGCGGCUUUUCACAGUGCAAGACUUACAGACGUUUAUUCUGCCUUCUUCCUCCUAACGGCAGGUAUGCUUACAGCGAUUUCCAUCGGUAUCAUUGAGAGAAUAUGGAACAAACGAAAGCAGAUGCAUCAGACCAUUGUACGCGGCCUACGCGAACAUCACUUGAUACCGCAUAUCCAUUUCCAUAAUCAUCAUCGUGAUCACGAUAAUCGCCCCAAUGAUCACUCUCACUCUCAUCCUCAUGUUGCUCUUCCAAGCGGUAGACUGCGUAGCGAUUCCACUUAUUUAACCAUGCUGCAAAAUCAGGCUCGUCAAGUACAGUUAUUUGUCGGUCUUCAAGAGCGCGAUACUUCCCCUAAAAAAUCGAGAGGUCCGGGUUUGGAACUGCGUUUCCAUAUACAACGAAGAUCGGCAGGUCCCAAAAGAGCAUCUUGGUCUUCCUUUUCGGGCUUAUCCAAAAGGAAGCUAAGGUCGACUGAGAAAAUUCCGACUUCGAAUGUGGAAAUCGCUGGAACCCGGACCUUUCCGUUUCAGGAAUAAAUACUAUUUUAUCGUCUCAAAAUCUUUUCAACAUUACAGUACUCAACAGUACAUAACAAUUAACAUUGUUAUGAAAAUAAUUGUUGCAAUGUCUGCCGUAUUUCAAGAAUUCUUUAGCUCACAAUGUACAUCGCGUCAUGCAUUUCUUGGCAGAAUUUAAAAUUAUUAUAAGUGCUUUUUUUAUUCAAGCUAU